GAGCGUGACUGAUAACACACAGGUUGAACUUCUGAUAACGCGAUGAGUUGAUUAUUAAUAAAGUGGGUCUCACCAGGACGCGAAACUCUAACGACAUACGCACCGUUAUAAAUGGCGACUUUUGCCUUCUGUUCCGCGAACAAAGUCGGUCGGUUACCCUGGAGGAAGUGUUUGUUUUCGAACAUAAAGGGGUCCAGAGGUUCCGAGGAACCCAGCCUUCGGCAGCUUCCAGGAGCGAGAUGUUUCACUUUUCGGUUGGUGUCCCAGGGGACCGCAGGCAGGUCCGCGGCCGGGGCGAGCAGGAGGGGCCCGCUGGCGCUCGGUGGAGUCGCAGCAGUGGCAGCCGCGGCUGUGGCGGGGCUCAUGGCCAACGGUCACCACUUGCGGCGAGCUGAGAUGGCGACCAAGAUACCGCAGACGGCCGAUGAGCUCGAGCCCGAGGGGGAUAUUCUGGAAAGAUGCCGGGGCUUUAUGUCUGCUCCCGUCACUGACAUCAGCCUGCUGCAGGAGAGGAGGGGGCAGAUGUGCACCCGGAUGGAGAUGAUGAUCAUGGAGACCCAGGCUGAAUUCUGCAGAGCCCUGCAGGAGGUGGACGGCGGCACCUUCAAAGUGGACCGCUGGCACAGGAAGGAAGGUGGGGGAGGAAUCAGCUGCGUGAUGCAGGAUGGCCAAGUGUUCGAGAAGGCUGGAGUCAACGUGUCGGUGGUGUUUGGACACCUGACUGAAGAGGCCGCCAGGCAGAUGAGGAGCAGAGGGAAAGUCCUCAAAGGGAAAGACGGAAAGCUUCCAUUUUGUGCCAUGGGUGUGAGCUCUGUGAUCCACCCCAAGAGCCCCCACAUACCGACAGUGCACUUCAACUACAGAUACUUUGAGAUCGAGGAGGAAGAUGGGUCUAAGCAGUGGUGGUUCGGCGGCGGCACUGACUUGACCCCAGUCUAUGUGAACAAAGACGAUGCUUUCCUUUUCCACAACACGCUGAAAGAGGCCUGUGACAAGCACCAUCCACAGUACUACUCUGACUUCAAGAAAUGGUGCGACAGGUACUUCUACAUCCGCCACAGAGGUGAGACUCGAGGCAUCGGAGGAAUCUUCUUCGACGACCUGGACGGCCCGAGUCAAGAGGAGGCGUUCAGUUUUGUGAAAAGUUGUGCCAAGACCGUGGUGCCGUGUUACCUGCCCAUCGUGUACAAACACCUGAAGGACCCCUUCAGCGCUGAGGAGAAAGACUGGCAGCAGGUGCGGAGAGGAAGAUAUGUGGAGUUUAACCUGGUGUAUGACAGAGGAGUGAAGUUUGGCUUGGCCACGCCGGGGUCCAGGAUCGAAAGCAUCCUGAUGUCACUGCCUCUCACUGCAAGGUGGGAGUACAUGCACGAGCCUGCCAAAGGUACACGAGAGGCCGAGAUGCUGGAGGUGUUGAGAAACCCGAAAGAGUGGGUGUGAUGACACCAUUACACAACUGACCAGAUCAGCUGCACUUGCUCUGUUUACCAAGACUUUAUGAUCAUGUUUGUCACAUUUACCUUUGAUGCAUGAAAGCCUCAUCUUCCAGCCGUGACAUGUUUGUCUGAGCAAUGAGAUUGGUGCUUCUGUCAAAGUGCACUUGAUGUGUCUCCUGGUGGUUUACUGGAAGGUACAUUAUGACUCCAUAGAGCCAUUGUGUGUGUGUGUGUGUGUGAGAGAGAGAGAGAGAGAGAGAGAGAGAGAAUCAUGAUAACAAUAAUGUAAUGAAAAAGAGCAUUUCUCAUUGUACUUGUGAUUGAUCUUCCGAGACAAAAUCAUUGUUAGUGAACAUUGUAUGUUACUUUUUUUAAGUAAAAUUUCAGACUUGUCCAACA